AAAUCAACGGCCACGAUUUCGUGUCCCUAAAUCUAAAUGUCCCACCACUGAAAAUGCUCCAUGGACUUCCUCGCUCUCUCUGCAGCCUAGUUCAAAGUUCACACCUCUCAGCUCCACACAAACAGAGCAUCACUCCUCUCUCUCUCUCUCUCUCUCUGCAACAAUGGCUGCAUCUUCCACCUCCCUGUCACUCUCCCAGCCUCUCUUCUCUCCCUCUGUUCGCCACAAUUCCUCCUCCCCGCUCUCGGACCGGCUGGCCCUCUUCACGAACCCCCUCAGACCCUCCUUGUCCGCUCGCGCCGCCGCCGGCUCGCGGAGGCGCGUGGGAUCACGCACCACCGUGCGAGCUGCAGCGGUUGAGACUCUGCAGAAGACGGAGACCGCCCUGGUGGAGAAAUCGAUCAACACGAUACGGUUCCUGGCAAUCGACGCCGUUGAGAAGGCGAAUUCGGGCCACCCGGGUCUGCCCAUGGGCUGUGCUCCGAUGGGCCACAUUUUGUACGAUGAGGUAAUGAGAUACAACCCCAAGAACCCGUACUGGUUCAACCGUGACCGGUUCGUGCUCUCGGCCGGACAUGGGUGUAUGCUGCAGUAUGCGCUGCUUCACCUUGCUGGGUAUGACAGUGUUCAGGACGAAGACUUGAAGAGUUUCCGUCAGUGGGGAAGCAAAACUCCUGGUCACCCUGAGAACUUCGAGACGCCUGGAGUUGAAGUUACUACUGGUCCUCUUGGUCAGGGUGUUGCCAAUGCUGUUGGAUUAGCCCUUGCAGAGAAGCAUUUGGCUGCUCGAUAUAAUAAACCAGACAUUGAGAUUGUAGACCACUACACUUAUGCUAUACUUGGUGAUGGGUGUCAAAUGGAAGGAAUCUCAAAUGAAGUCUGUUCACUUGCUGGGCACUGGGGGCUGGGAAAGUUGAUUGCAUUCUAUGACGACAACCACAUUUCCAUUGAUGGUGACACAGAAAUUGCUUUUACCGAGUGCGUUGAAACUCGCUUCAAGGGACUUGGGUGGCAUGUUAUAUGGGUGAAGAAUGGUAACACUGGAUAUGAUGAUAUUCGUGCUGCUAUCGAGGAGGCGAAAGCUGUUAAAGACAAACCAACAUUGAUAAAGGUGACUACCACCAUUGGCUUUGGGUCCCCUAACAAGGCAAACUCAUAUAGUGUGCAUGGAAGUGCACUAGGUGCUAAAGAAGUUGAUGCCACGAGAAAGAACCUUGGCUGGCCAUAUGAGCCAUUCCAUGUGCCAGAAGAUGUUAAAAAGCAUUGGAUUCGCCAUGUUCCUGAAGGAGCUGCUCUUGAAGCUGAAUGGAAUGCCAAGUUUGCAGAGUAUGAGAAGAAAUACAAGGAAGACGCAGCAGAGUUGAAGUCUAUCAUCACGGGGGAAUUGCCUGCUGGCUGGGAUAAAGCACUUCCAUCUUACACUCCAGAAAGUCCUGCAGAUGCCACCAGGAAUUUGUCUCAACAAUGCCUUAAUGCCCUUGCCAAGGUUCUUCCUGGGCUGCUUGGUGGUAGUGCGGAUCUGGCUUCCUCCAAUAUGACAUUGCUCAAAAUGUUUGGUGACUUCCAAAAGGACACCCCUGAAGAACGUAAUGUCCGAUUUGGUGUUAGGGAACAUGGAAUGGGUGCCAUCUGCAAUGGCAUUGCCCUUCACAGCCCUGGCCUCUUACCCUAUUGUGCAACCUUCUUUGUUUUCACCGACUACAUGAGAGCAGCCAUUAGGAUUUCUGCUUUGUGCGAAGCUGGUGUUAUUUAUGUGAUGACCCAUGAUUCAAUUGGGCUUGGUGAAGAUGGGCCUACUCACCAACCUAUUGAGCACUUGGCAAGCUUCCGGGCAAUGCCAAACAUCCUAAUGCUCCGCCCAGCUGAUGGAAAUGAGACUGCUGGUGCAUAUAAGAUUGCUGUUCUCAACAGAAAGAGACCCUCAAUUCUGGCUCUCUCUCGUCAAAAGCUUCCUCAGCUUGCAGGAACAUCCAUUGAAGGAGUCGAGAAAGGAGGGUAUAUUAUUUCAGACAAUUCCACGGGCAAUAAGCCUGACAUCAUUUUGAUUGGAACUGGUUCCGAAUUGGAGAUUGCUGCCAAGGCAGGUGAUGAGCUGAGGAAGGCAGGAAAGACCGUAAGGGUUGUUUCCUUGGUUUCUUGGGAGUUGUUUGAGGAGCAAUCUGAUGCAUACAAGGAAAGUAUUUUUCCACCUUUAGUCUCAGCAAGGAUUAGCAUUGAGGCAGGAUCAACCUUUGGAUGGGAAAAGAUUGUGGGAAGCAAGGGCAAGUCAAUUGGGAUUGACCGGUUUGGGGCAAGUGCACCUGCAGGAAAGAUAUACAAGGAGUUUGGAAUUGCAGUGGAAGCAAUACUUGAAGCAGCUAAAGCUGUUGCUUAGACCUUGUUGAUGGUCUCGUCUCUUCUUUGCAACUUUCAUUUUGGUGGAAACGUGAGUUUUGGGUCCUUCCAUUCGGAUAGUUAGUGCAGUGGAGGUCUGAUUCGACAGAUGAGCAAGUGGAAGGCCUCUUGGAUUAUAGCAAGGAAAAGGAAUUUGAUUAAUAAUUAAGACAACCUCAGUUCCUUCUUAUUUUCCUUGAAUUUUAUUUUUCUGAGAUGGGGUGGAGGGGGGGGUUUGGUUCCCCUUACUUUAUUAAUCAAGAACAGAUUUACUGUACUGAUGUUCAUAAUUGCUUCCCAAGGUUUCCCAUUCGGUGUAAUUUUAAAUUUGUACUCUUUUCAAAGGAUAAUUAUCAAUGGGGAUUACCAUUUCGAAGAGAUUUUUAAUUACUA